UGUUAAAUUUAUAAAGUUGAGUAAAUAUUUUUUGUCAAUAAUGGUUUUUUCAAAAAGUCCUGUGAAUAAUAAACAUUUGUUUGGUAAAUAAUACUUUUUCGAAUUGAGUAAAAUUUUACAGUGAAAUGAAGUUUGAAGAGAACUUGGAAAAAGCGCUAUUGCUGAAGACACUAAAAAACAAAACAUUGCUGCUUUUCAUCAGUGGAAAUGACAGUUCAAAAGAAGAAUUCCUACAAGACUGCCUUGACAAUAAUUUGGUAGGUGAUCAGCACGAAAAUAUAAUUGCAGUUAAACUAGAACGUGAUUCUAAGCAUUACAGUAGCUUUCUAGAAAUUUAUCCUGCAUUGGAUGAGCCGUUCGUUAUAUUUUUGGGUGAUAAAGGGAUUCCUAUGAGAAUUGUAAAGCUCUGUGAGCAUUAUGACAAAGAGGAAGUCAGUCGAAGAGUGAAUGAAGCUAUUUUAUUUUGUAAUAGUAAAACUAGUCAACUGGCUGGGGAUAACACAAAUAAAAUGGCUGAUGAUAUUGAUCAAGUUGUAGACGAGAAUGAAAACUUGGAGAAGCCUGAUGAUAUUGAUAAGGAUAUACAACUUUUGAGAGCAUUGAUACAGUUUAGAAUGUCUGAUGGAGCAGUGACGAUACACGCCUUCAAGUAUGAUGCGACAGUUGCCGAGAUGAGGUCUUUUGUAGAAACCGUCAUCAAACCCGACAGCCAAUUUCAACUGGCUCUACCUCAUCCGUUCAAAAUCCUCCAGAAAGAAGGCUCCACUAUUUUUGACUUGGACCUGUUUCCAUCGGCAGUUGUAAUGGUGAUUCCAGUCCACGAAAACAGUCUGAUCUGUUCUGCAGGGCGCAGCAUUCAAAAUUGUGUCUUUAUGCUGCCGUUCAGUAUCAUUUUAAACUUUUUCAUGUUUUUGUUUGAAUCUCUCCAAUCUUGGUGGCAGGGAGUAUCUUCAAGAGUAAUGGAGGGACCUGUUCAUAGGCAUAGCAGUGAGUCAAGAACUGUAAAUCUCCACGGCAAUGUUCACACCCUGAGAGCAGGAGACGGCCAUGAUGACAGCAACAACACAUACAACGGAAACUCAACUCAACAAAAUUAAAGUUGAAUCUUUCAUUUGUUGAAAAGUUUUAUUUUUAUCUACAAAUAUUAUAAGUUGAAAACAAUACUGUAGCAUGCAUUGAUUGUUAUUAGAUAAUGAAAAUAAAAUAUAAAUUACAUUAA